CUCAGAGAAGUUGGCAAAUAUAAAAAUGAUCCUGCGUACCUAUGUUACUUUAAGGGAAUCUGUUCCUCAUCAUAUUAAACCGUGAGCAGAAUUAGAAUGAUGGGAUUCGGAGCAGGUUUUCUGAAGCUGGCAUCUAUCUGGAUGGUGAUUCUGAUGCAGGGCUUGGAUGCAGGACAUGCGCCAAAGAAACAUGCUACAUGUGCAUCGUGCAGUCCUAAACACCUGACAGACCUGACCAAAACGCUGGUUAAUGAAAGCUUGCACUAUUUUGAUGAAGCCAAUGGAAAGGUUGGUACUUGGCCCCCUGGCUUCCCCGAGCUCCAGGUCCAGAACAACUUUCCUCCCAUUUGGGAAAAAGUUCACUGCAGCCUCCUCUUCAUGUAUGAAGGCCUGAAGAAAAUCUUCGAAGACCAGAAAAGCAAUCUGAAUCCCCAAAAUAUUGUACUGCAUAAGCUCAAGGAAACCACUGCCAGGGUCGAGCUGCUUGCAGACUGUGUAGAAAAUACCUCUGGUGGGCAUUGCCCCCAAAAGCCAUCACCACCUAAAAUGCCUAAGCAUGUAUUUGAGAGGAAACAAUGGAGUCAUACUCUACUGAAGACAGCUAGGGAUUACCUGGUAUGGCUGGAGCGCAAGCUUCAAAGAAAGGUCAAAGAAACAAAAAAGUUGAAACCUAAAGUAACAAAUACACAGAAUUACCUGGAGGGGAAUGGAUACCUGCUGUGAUUUUUAACAAGCUUAGGUCAGUUUGCGAUGCAAAUGUGAUUACAGUUUGGCAGCUUUUCUUUAACUCCCUCCUCAAUUUGUAAAUGCAAUUUUUUUGGAUGUCCUCCAUGCAGUCAUGCUUUUAGGAACUUUACAGUAUCUCUUUUUCCUAUAGGCUAUAGGAAUCUGGUUUAGUUCAAUGCAAGUCUAAUCUUUACAAACAGAACAAUCUGCAUAAUGGUGUAAUCUGACAUUUUUGGGAAAUUGCUGUUCUUCUCUGUUAGAUGAGAAAGUACGUGCAAAAGUCUAAUGUUUAGUACAGAUAAUCUCUAGCUGCCCCAAGCUAAGCUACUAGCUUAGCUCUGUCUGGUAGCAUCCAAAUCCACCAAUCAGUGCCUCUUAACAAAUGUCACAAAGGGUCAAAUACCAGUGUCGCUGUGCUAAUGCUAAC